GUGUCUUAACUCGACACCAUCCCUUCGUCAUACUUCCAUCCGCCUCAUCUCGUCUUCAUCUAAGCUUCUCGCACGCUUGACCGUGCAAAAGACAUCAUGUCGCUGGAGAAUCUAAUGAAUCCAAAGCCGGCAACGCCUCCAGACGCGCAGAAGUUCGAUGACGUGCUCAAGGACCAAAAGAUUCCCUUGCGGUCAUGGCGCAAGAAGUAUCGCAAAAUGAAGCUCAACUUCGACAAAGUCAUGGACGAGAGCAACACCUUGUUCAGAGAUUGCCAUAAACUCGAGGCCCAGGCCAAGCGGCUGCAGGAAGAGAACGACCAGCAUCUAGAAACAUUAUUGCAUCUGAAUGAGACUGCACGAAUGUAUCCCAGGUACGAUUUGGGCGAUCCACAUGAAGAUGUCGUCGCCGUCCCCAGCGCAGACGCCGUACCGCCGUUGGAUCCCGAUACACCUCGCUCGCUGGCUAUGCUUCUGAACGUGCCGCACACCACCCCCUCCUCUGCUCCCCCUAGCACCUGGCCCAGUGACAUGACAGGCGAUGCACCGCCGGGCUACCUCACGACAGCAUACGAGGAGGAGUAUGUAACGAAUCUCGACGCACAGCUUGGAGUUGCGGAUAGUCUUGACGACGGAUGGCGCCUUCCUCAGCUGCCUCGCUCGCGCAUCUUACCCCCGGAGAAGGAGCUACUCAACGCCAACCCUAUGUCCGUUCUUUCCUGGUUACGACGUUACCACCCGGAGACCUUCAUACAAGAAAAGGAAGCUGCCGCCGAAAAGGCCGGCAAGGGCAAAGGUGGUGCCUCAGCGUCGGGCGGCACGUCUGGUGGCAAACGCUCGUCCCUUGCCACAAUCACAAGCAUGGCCAACGAUAAAGGGACGCCAAAUCCGCGCGACGAUGCUGACGACGCUGAUGAUGACUGGGUUGCGGAGGAGAGGACAAGUGGGAGAGGUAAGAGGUCGAAGGAUGACGAAGCAUAUAGGCCCAAAGGGGGCUCCUCGCGACCGACCAAGAGGAAGAGGGACGAAGGAGAAAAGUCGGGGAGGAACAAGCGUGUCAAAGGUGGAGCUGCUGCUGCUGCGGCGGCGGCGGCGGCGGCUUCAUCAACUCCAGGCUGAGAGGUGUUCGAUAAUCAGGCAGCGUGGCUAAGGUCGACGCGCAAAAAGCAGAAGCCGGGGCAAACACCCAAGCUGACGCUCGAGACACAGUCCAAUCUGCAGCCUUGUAGAUCUUUCAAGGGGACCUUCACGUCGAUAGCUUCACGCGAUCUCAAGCAGAGGCACAGUCGGGGUCCUUGACCGAAGACGAUAUUGGGACUCGGGUUCCAACAGGCAGCAGACGUAGAGGCUUCAUCGUUAGGCUUGUGCGCAACGCUGCUGCCCGCAGAAGGAUUCUAUUCUUCCCUAUCCCAAAUCGAACGCCUCUUCAACGGGUGCUAGAACUCGCACAUCCGGCCCUCGUUCAAGAAGGCCAACUUCCGCUAUCCGAUCCACGAAAGCCUCGCACACUAACCCAUGUGCUCGUCCAAUUGCUUGUGGUUCAACCGCGUAUGUGAACUGUCACGAGAAACGCUGCCGAUGGGCGGACAGCCCCGAGGAAUCGCGUAGUUUUGCCGAGCUUGUGCAACUGACUAGGCGCUUUUCUGUCCAAAAAGCACGACUUCCCGGUUCACGUAUGACGGCAGAUGAGACGCUGGCUAUCCUUCAGCGGAUGGCUGAACGGCCAUUAUCCAGUUUCGCUUUACCUUUAUCACAGAUAUCUACGCCCGGAGAGGAAUACAGCAAGACAAUAGAGUUGAAAUGGCCGGCCAAGACCGCCCAACGGUCAUACUGUGCAACCAAGGAAAAGUCUUCCUCAAUUGAAAUUACACUCAUCGCCUACGUUUACUCAAUCAGCGCCCCCGCAGAAGCACCCCCACACGUGACUGAAUUUCUGCCUCCGAUUCUCAUCGAUCCCCUGAAGCCCCCUUCCUUUCUUCCAUCUCGCUAUUCGCAGUGCAACCUCCAAAUUCCUCUUCAGAGAUCUAAUUAUCGCAUGGAAGCUCCUCGUACCGGGCUUGAUGUUCCAGACUACCGACUCACGUCAGCCAUCGCUUAAGCGCAGGAGGUCUUCAACGGGCCACGAUGCUUGCAGUCUCUAUACUAAUGGGCCCGUCGCGCCACAGAGCAUGUCGCUCUCAUGGCCGCACUGAUCUUUUUCAGCAUCGGCCAAGCAGACGAACGGCUAUACCGGCUGUUCCGCCACGAACUGCUGCGUUCUUGAGAAAUCCUCAGCAAUUCUAUAUCGGCCGAAGAGAUAGCCUUCAUAUGCAGAGCACAGGCGGAGCGGAGGAUGCGCUUGCAGACCAGAAUGCGUCCAAGUGCGCAUGCGAGCUCUCGCUUGGAGGGUAUGACUGACGGUGAAGCAUCUGUGAGUUCGACGGGUUCGGAGUGGGGAAUAGAAGCGGAGGACGAAGGCUCAAGAGAUGAUGCAAAAUUUGCAAGAGUAAGGCUUUGGGUGGCAGGUUAGCACUAUGCAAUUAUGGGCAUGCUGACUGCUUUUAAGGAUAAAGUCAGGGCAGGGAGGAAUAGAGACCAAACUUCAUUUGGUAGCAAGAUUACGCUUCGUUUGUUGCUUGACGCUAGAGAUAAUAGAGGUGCAUGUUACGGAAUCAGCCGAGACCCAUCGUUCGCACGCCAGGCAAGCAGCGCUACAAAUUCGAUUGCUAUUCUACACGAAAACAAAUAUGAAAAUACCUGAUGCCGAGAAUAGGCCGACUGUUCGCUCAGAGGACGGUGCCCUUGUUCUGC